GGAAAAUGGAAAAAGGACGGUAUUCAAGAUGAGAAAUAUCGAAAUUAGUCGAAUGUUGAUUUAAAAACUGUCGAUUUACUUUAUUUGCAAUCGAGAAAUAGUUAUGUCUGGUAUUGCUCUUGGACGUCUGUCUGAAGAGCGGAAGGCUUGGCGAAAAGAUCAUCCAUUUGGAUUUGUUGCCAAACCAAUAAAAAAUCCAGAUGGUUCAUUAAAUCUUAUGAACUGGGAGUGUGCUAUUCCAGGAAAAAAGGGGACCCCUUGGGAAGGCGGCAAUUAUAAAUUGCGUAUGAUAUUUAAGGAUGAUUAUCCUUCAACGCCACCAAAAUGUAAAUUUGAACCACCAAUAUUUCAUCCAAAUGUUUAUCCUUCUGGAACUGUGUGCUUGUCACUAUUAGAUGAGGAGAAAGAUUGGCGACCAGCAGUUACUAUAAAGCAGAUUCUUCUUGGUGUCCAAGAUUUACUUAAUGAUCCAAAUAUAAAGGAUCCCGCGCAGGCUGAAGCUUACACUAUAUACAGUCAAAAUCGUGUUGAAUAUGUGUUUCGCGACCACCUGAAAAUACAAGACACUGCUGUUAAUCGAGAAAAGAUUCUUACAUAA